AUAAUAACGCAACCAUUAUUUGGGUUUAGGAUAACACAGAAAAAACGUAGUUGUGGUCGGAACGAAGCUGACGCUGCUGAAUUCAAAUCCCUACUUCAAUAUUCCUCACUGGUACCUCUCUCUCUCACACUCUCUCUGCAUUCUCACUCACUUAUUAAUUCUCGUGAGUGAUCAAUCUCCAGUGUUAUCAUCACCGUCAAACUAGUUGCAACAUUGCCAACUAGAACCAUCCCAUAAUGUUUCUUGAUUUUUGUUCUACAUGCAAAACUUGACUAACUAGGAUUCAUUCACUACCACUAUUCACUAUUGCCUUCUUCAAUCAUGGCUUCACUGCUGAAUACUGUGUCACCAGCCGCAAAUUUAUCUCACAAAACAAAAAGACCCACUUGUGGCGGUUUCUUGCACUCCCAGGUUCCAAAUCUCCACACUUUUACCCUCCACAAGGGUUUUUCUAGGGUUUCGGCAUCGACCCAGAUUGCCAUUUCCCCCAAAGAUACCAUUUUUAAUCUCCCCAAUUGGAGGAUUGGGAGGAAUGACCAAAAGGGUAAAGAGCUGAGGAUCUAUGAUGCAUUUCUGCAUUUGGAGUAUUUGGUGGGUAAGGGCCAAAAGCCUGAGGUGAAUCAAGCGACUCAGCUUUUGUAUGAUCUUUGUAAAUUCAACAAAGCUAGGAAAGCUGUUAGGGUGAUGGAGAUGAUGGUUGGUUCAGGUAUUAUACCUGAUGCAGCCUCUUACACACACUUGGUCAAUUUUCUGUGCAAGAGGGGCAAUGUUGGGUAUGCAAUUCAGUUGGUUGAGAAGAUGGAGGGGCAUGGCUUUCCAACUAAUACUGUUACCUAUAACACUCUUGUUAAAGGGCUUUGCAUGCAUGGGAACUUGAACCAGAGCUUGCAGCUUUUGGAUAGGUUGACGAAGAAGGGGCUCGUCCCAAAUGCAUUCACGUAUUCGUUCCUUCUCGAAGCGGCAUAUAAGGAGAGGGGGGUGGAUGAGGCCAUGGAGCUUUUGGAUGAUAUAAUUGCCAAGGGUGGGGAGCCUAAUUUGGUUAGUUACAAUGUGUUGUUAACCGGGUUGUGCAAGGAAGGGAGAACUGAAGAAGCUAUUAAGCUUUUCAGGGAAUUGCCUGCGAAAGGGUUCAGUCCUAGUGUUGUGAGUUUCAACAUUUUGCUGAGGAGUUUGUGCUAUGAAGGGCGGUGGGAGGAAGCGAAUGAGCUUCUGGCGGAGAUGGAUAAAGAGGACCAGCCUCCCUCAGUGGUCACUUACAACAUAUUGAUUACUUCGCUUUCACUUCAUGGAAGAACAGAACAAGCUUUCAAGGUUUUAGAUGAAAUGACGAGGAGUGGGUUCAAAGCGAGUGCUACUAGCUACAAUCCAAUCAUUGCCCGCCUCUGCAAUGAAGGGAAGGUGGAUCUUGUUCUCCAGUGUCUAGACCAAAUGAUUCACCGACGCUGUCAUCCUAAUGAAGGAACGUACAGUGCUAUCGCAAUGCUGUGUGAGCAAGGUAAGGUGCAGGAGGCUUUCUUUAUAAUCCAAAGCUUGGGUAGUAAACAAAACUUCCCUAUGCAUGAUUUUUACAAGAAUUUGAUAGCAAGCCUGUGUAGGAAAGGGAACACAUAUCCAGCCUUUCAGAUGUUAUAUGAAAUGAUAAAGUAUGGAUUCACUCCAGAUUCUUACACUUAUUCAUCUCUGAUUAGAGGAAUGUGUAGAGAGGGAAUGCUAGAUGAAGCUCUUAACAUAUUCAGGAUUUUGGAAGAAAAUGACCACAGACCCGAUAUUGAUAACUACAACGCACUUAUACUUGGUUUUUGCAAAGCUCAGAGAACAGACUUAUCAAUAGAGAUAUUUCUGAUGAUGGUUAACAAAGGAUGUGUGCCUAAUGAGAAUACCUAUACCAUUCUUGUGGAAGGGCUUGCUUUUGAAGAGGAGACAGAUAUAGCGGCUGACCUGAUGAAAGAGUUAUAUCUGAAAAAGGUUCUGAGCCAAAGUACUGUUGAAAGACUUUGUAUGCAAUACGACAUCAAGGAAUUAGUAGCAACAGGGUAGUGAAGUGACAUAUACUCCCAUAGUAUACAACAGAAAGUAAGUAGAGGUAUAUGAAUGCCUUCAUAUAUGAAUGGAGUUUUCUCAGCUUGAUUGCCUUUAGACGUUGAUUAGUCAGGUAAAACAAAAUGUUCCCAAAUGCUUGGAAUUUUGGUUGAAUGUAAUGUUUAGAAAUGAUUAAUGAAAAGGUUCAAGCAUAUAAAUUAAUGCUGACUAAAUUCUCUCCCAUGCUUUAUAUUUAACCCCAUUUUGGAGAAUUGAGUUCUUUUAAUGAUUUUGUAUUGUCCAUUUGUUGAUUUGU